UUUUUCCUUUCUUAUAGAAUUUGUAACGUCUGGAAAGUAGACUAUGAUGCGUUACACGGACGAGGACGUCUCUUUCUUCGUGAAUUUCAGGACGUAGAUCUAUUUCCUUUAAAAAAUAAACAAGAAUGCCUGGAGAGAGCAGAUAACAUGGCGAUGAAGCAAGGAAUCGAUCGUUGGACGUCUCUCUCAAGUACAGAUGGAGUAGGAGAUGGAACUCUUCAGUCAUCACAUGAACAUGAUGAAGGAAACAUCUGCAUCAAGGAGGAAGGAGAAGUAGAAAAGGAGACGUGUCUUUCCAUUCCAGGUUCAGAUGGAUUGAUAGAUGAGGGUCAGCUUGUUACUCAAGACGGUCUGGUCUUCACCAUCAAACAAGAAGUUGACACAGACAUGUUUGAAUCGCUCUCAAGUACAGAAGGACAAGACCCAUCGACUGAUCAAGAAAUGGUCUAUGCCACCAUAAAGCAAGAAGAUGAGAAAGAGACAUUUGAACCUACUACAACUGGAGGUGAAGGAGGAGGAGAAACUGAGCAAUCAAUUCCUGAAGGAAACAUCUGCAUCAAGGAGGAAGGAGAAGUUGAGAAGGAGACGUGUCUUUCUAUUCCAGGUUCAGAUGGAUUGAGAUAUGAGGGCCAGCUUGUAACUCAAGACGGUAUGGUCUUCACCAUCAAACAAGAAGUUGACACAGACAUGUUUGAAUCCCACUCAAGUACAGAAGGACAAGACCCAUCGAAUGAACAAGAAACGGUCUGUGCCACCAUAAAGCAAGAAGAUGAGGGAGAGAUAUUUGAACCUAUUACAACUCAAGGUGAAGGAGGAGGAGAAACUGGGCAAUCAAUUCCUGAAGAUUUGGACAAUGGACAGGACAAGAUACACUCACCUAUAACAGCAUGCAGUGGAGAGAAGUCCCAUCCAUGUUUACAUUGCAGUAAGACAUUGACUGAUGAGAAAUGUGGAGAAAAGCCUUAUCCAUUUUCCUAUUGUGAUAAGGGUUUUUCUUGCCAAAGUAAUCUAGCAAAGCAUCUAUGGACAUAUAUCGGUGAAAAUCUUUAUCAGUGUCCCUGUUGUGAUACAAGAUUUUCUGAAAGGAAUAAGCUUACAAGCCACCUUAGAACAGUACAUGCAGGAGAGAAAUUCUAUAAGUGUUCCCAGUGCGAUCAAAGAUUUCAUCACAGUGGUCACCUGAACCGUCAUUUCAGAACACACAGUGGAGAAAAGCUUUAUCAGUGUCCCAAUUGUGAAAGAAGAUUUUCUGAAGAGACUAAGCUUACUAGGCACCUUAGAACACAUACAGGAGAGAAAUCCUUUAAGUGUUCCCAGUGUAAUAAGGGUUUUUCUCAUAAAAGUACUUUUAUUAGGCACCUUAGAUCACAUACAGGAGAGAAACCCUUUAAGUGUGUACAAUGUGAUAAGGGUUUUUCUCAUAAAGGUUCUCUUAUUCUUCAUUUAAGAAUACACAGUGGUGAAAAGCCUUAUCAGUGUCCCAAUUGUGAAAAAAGAUAUUCUGAAAAGACUAAGCUUACUAACCACCUUAGAACACAUACAGGAGAGACACCCUAUAGGUGUUCCUAUUGUGAUAAAGGAUUUUCUGAAAAGUCUAUACUUACUAGCCAUCUUAGAACACAUACAGGAGAGAAACCCUUCAAGUGUUCCCGGUGUGACAAGGUUUUUCUCAAAGAGGUACUCUUAUGAAUCAUUUAAGAACACACAGUGGUGAAAAGCCUUAUAAAUGUUCCCAUUGUGAUAAGUCGUUUUCUAGCAAUAGUUAUCUUAGAACCCAUUCAAGAACGCACAGUGGAGAAAAGCCUUAUUAGUGUUCCUAUUGUGAUAAAGGAUUUCAUAAAAAGUGUGAGCUUACUAGCCACCUUAGAACACAUACAGGAGAGAAACCUUUUAAGUGUUCCUGGUGUGAUAAGGAUUUUUCUCAUAAAGGUACUCUUAUAAUUCAUUUUUUGAUUGAUUGAUACAUUUUAUUUCAAAUUCCAUAAAAAACACAAUAAACAGGUUAUAAAUAUUUACAAUGUACAUAUAAAAUCAACUUUGUCAUCAACUCAAUCAUCAUUAUGUCAUGUUAAUAUUAUGAUGUAAGUAUUUUACUUUGAUGAUGUAUCAAUCAUACGAUUUGUUUAUUAUCAUGAUUAUGUUGUAAUUAGUUUGUUAUUUUGGGAAGAGACGAUGACGAGAUUUGAAUGGAUUAAUAAUUUGUAGAAUAAAAUUUUCAGGAUCUUGCAAUCCUUCUUGUCGAAGGAAAGUCGAAUCAGCUCUGAAUCCUAGUGAUGUCCAAACAAUCAUGCAACAUUCUACAAUUUGAAGCUGAUUUUGCAUUUACUGUAAAUAGAAGAUUUUUUUUGUUUAAAUUUCCAUAUACGAUGUAAAUGUGAUUUAUUAGAAAACCGGAUCACAGUGGAGUCGUUCAUUCAUUGUGUGUGAGCCGUUGACUGUUGGCCAGGGUUACAAGAUCCUGAAAAUUCUUGUGAGAAUGUCCUGAUCUGUAUGGAUUUCUUGGAAAAUGCUCAUAUUUAUAUUUUUCAACCAAAUUCAUGUAAGUGGUAUUUAUUUUCAUGAGUACUUCAUAUGUACAACCAUUGGAGUAAAGCUGAACCUUGUUAUUAUACAAAAUUCUUUGUGAUUAAGAAAAUUUGCCUUGUAAUUAUUUUGAAACUUACAUUUUAUCAGGGAUAAAAAUAAAAAUGAAACGUAGCGAAAAAAUAAACAGUAUCACACAGACUAAUAGGAGUUACUCAAGGUUACGCUUAAAUUUCAUAGUGGAUGAAAAUAAAAAUAAAUCUUAUUUCAUCUUUUUUUCCCUUACACUUCAAGUCAGUUCAAUUCAGUAAUGGUUUGAUUUAAUAAUAUAUUGCAUUUAAGAUCAAGUGACAACUUAUAUUUACUUAAAAAUAUAUGUGUACAUUGAAUGAGAAAAUUUGUUAAAAAUCAGCAAUGAAUUAUGUUUGUAGCCAUGUGUAAUGUACUACGUGUACAUAUUGUUUGUAUUGCACAUUCUCAGGUGCAUGCAUAUGUCUUUCCAAGAAUCGGAUUUGUAUGCCAAGAAUUGUUUUAUAGGGUGUUUUCACUGUAGAAUCAAGACAUCAUGUUCAUCAUCAAACUCAUGCAUGUAGAUUGUAUUUAUCCAUGUAACAGAUGUGUUUGUUUUUUCAUACAAUAAAUUACAGCCUUUUCCGAUUCUGUA